AUGGCGGAUGCUACAAACGAACUCUUCGUGUUUGGAGACGAUUUUGAAACGAUUUUGAACAUGUUAGAGGAGGAUGAAGCAAUCGAGAAACACUUUUCAACUACAGCGAUUGAUGUAAGUAUAUUCUAUGUGAAUUCUUCGGCCUAUUUCGGCCGUAGUGACCCUAAGUGUACCAUACGCGACUCUUUGACAACAACUUGACCAUCGUACCCAACGUUGACAAGUUAACUACGCGAAAUUUUGUAUCGCCAAGAUACUGUCGAGCUAGAUGACAAAACUGUACGUAAACGUAAGCUUAAAUUAACUUUGAAGGCCAUAAGUGUCCAUGCAUUUUGCAGUAAUGACCAAGACCACUUUGUGAUCGUUUUUACCACAGGUUCAAUUGGCAGAUUUCGUUUGUAGUGAAUGUGGAAAGAAAUACAAGACAAGAGGAGGCUACCAGAGACACAGAGCUUCUAAGCAUAACCCUAAUGAAAACGACAGACAGGAACGGACGACUCUCACUCCAAGCAGUCUUGCUGAAAUUGUAAAAUAUGCCAUACAGACUGUAAACAGAGGCAGAGCUUUUGCACCAAGCCUUAGGAAUGAGUUGAAUUUGUACCAAUUCAAACAAUUUGAUGAGGGAACUGAUGAAUUUACCGUGCUGAAAACAAUUUAUGAUGGAUAUUUGAAAAAUGAGGACAUCGAGAAGUGCCAUUGCAGUCCACAAAGUUUUUUUCAGGACUAUCCCACAAUGCUGCAACAUUAUUAG